GCCUUGUUGACGUCAACAAGGCGCGCGACGUUUCCCGGCCGUCAGAAAGCGUUUUCUUUCUGGCUGAGGCGGGGAGGGGACCUUCGGAAAAACACCGCGGACAUUGCUGUCUUCCGCAAUGCCGGCGGGGAAAUGUUUCCGCCGGAGGAGAGCGGAUUCCGAGGAGGAGGAAGAAGAGGACGAGCAGCACCUCACCCGGGAGGUCCGGUUGAAACUGGAGGAAGCCAAAGAAGUGCAGAGUCUGAGGAAGAGACCAAAUGGUGUCAGUGCUGCUGCUUUGCUUGUGGGAGAAAAGCUACCGGAAGAGACAACUUUGGUGGACGAUCCUUUUAAGGUCAAGACGGGUGGCAUGGUGGACAUGAAGAAGCUGAAAGAACGGGGCAAAGACAGGAUCAGCGAGGAAGAGGAUCUCAACCUUGGGACGUCCUUUUCGGCAGAGACGAACCGGAGGGACGAAGAUGCCGACAUGAUGAAGUACAUUGAGACGGAGCUGAAGAAGCGCAAGGGCAUCGUGGAGAGCGAGGAGCGGAAGGUGAAGGCCAAGAACGCGGAGGACUGUCUCUACGAGCUGCCCGAGAGCAUCCGUGUAUCUUCUGCCAAGAAGACCGAGGAGAUGCUCUCCAACCAGAUGCUCAGCGGCAUCCCCGAAGUCGACCUCGGCAUCGAGGCCAAGAUCAAGAACAUCAUCUCCACGGAAGAGGCCAAAGCGCGGCUCCUGGCAGAGCAGCAGAACAAAAAGAAGGACAACGAGACCUCCUUCGUGCCCACAAACAUGGCUGUCAACUACGUCCAGCACAAUCGAUUUUACCAUGAAGAACUGAAUGCACCGGUGAGGAGGAAUAAAGAGGAACCCAAAGCACGUCCGUUGCGGGUCGGAGAUACGGAGAAGCCGGAACCAGAGAGGUCUCCGCCGAACCACAAACGUCCUCCGAACGAAAAAGCGACUGACGAUUAUCAUUACGAGAAAUUCAAGAAGAUGAACCGCCGCUAUUGAAAGCCGCCCGGGAAUAUUAUUUGCUCCAAUUCUCAUUUUGCAAAUAUUCAUUUUGCCCUUUUUUGGGGGGAACAUUGGUGAUUUUUAGCAUUGUGUUUGCAUCUGUCUGGGUCGUGACUUGUAUCUCAUGUUAAUGGAAAUUUCCCCCUAAACAGCCAUUAAAAUAAUUUGACAAAAAAUC